AUAGCCGGCGACUACGGUACAGCUUUACAGUUACAGGAAGAGGAAGAACGUAGACGUGUUGCAGAAUCGCAAACCCUGACUAGAGAUUGCACAGUGUGCUGUGAAGCUCUACAUCCCCUGGACUUUCCUGUCAGGCCGCCGUCGAAGAAAUGUACGCACCUUGCCGAAGUCUGUUCUCCAUGUCUACAACAGUGGAUCGCGACAAAGAUACGCGCAACGAUCGAUUGCCCACAAUGCACCACACUUUUGGACCACGAAGACGUCCGCCGCGCUUGCAGUUCCGAAACUUUUGUCAAGUACGACAAAUUCGCUACGCUGGCCAUCAUCGAUGACUUGCAUGACUUCCACUGGUGUCUGCGUGUCGGCUGUACCGCAGGCCAAGAACAGGUCGGUGGCACCUCACAAUACAUGAAAUGCCAUGCUUGCAGCUUUGAACAAUGUCUACACCACAAAACUGAAUGGCAUCGUGGCGAAAGCUGCGGGCAAUACGAUGCACGCAUUCGGGGCCAAGCCAACAAGACGACCCACGACCAAGCGGAACUUGAGACCACAAGAUUUAUGCAAAAGCAACAAACUGGCUCUGUCUACAAGAAAUGUCCAAAAUGCAAGGUCUUGAUCGAGAAGAAUGAAGGAUGUGAUCAUACAAAGGUUCUGUUGGCAAUGCCUGGCGACAUGGGAGGACAUGCUGAAAGACAAGGACAAAGCUCACGCUGUCACUUGCAAGUACAGGACGAGCUAUAG